ACGGCUCCGUGUGCCAAGACAAGAACUAGCUGAAGCACAACGCGCCAACUCCGACGUGAUCCCAGCAACUCAAACACGUCCUUCAUCUUCGACUCACCACACCUAACAAAACACUAAACUCAACACCGACACCACGAAAUUCACCGCUCUUCUAUCCCAUCUAGCUGCUAAAAUGGAUGAGGAUAUCGACAUGGACCCCACCUCGCGUGAGCGGGACGAGCAGCAGGUAGUCGACAAGAUCGUUAACGAGGAAUAUAAGAUUUGGAAGAAGAAUGCGCCGUUCCUCUACGAUCUCAUCCUAAGCACGGCGCUCGAAUGGCCAACCUUGACCACCCAGUGGUUUCCGGACAAGCUACCGCAUCCCGAAAAGAACUACUCUACGCAUCGUCUCCUCAUCGGUACCCACACGUCAGGCAAUGACACCAAUUACCUCCAGAUUGCGGAGGUCCAGCUCCCAAACCCUCCGUCGGAACGAGACCCGCGCAAGUACGACGAGUCCAAAGAGGAAGUCGGCGGAUACGGUGGCGGGGCCGAGUGCAGGUUGCAGGUCGUCCAGCGCUUCGUGCAUGAAGGUGAAGUCAACAAGGCCCGAUACAUGCCCCAGAAACCAGACAUUAUUGCGACCAUGUGUGCGGAUGGCAACGCCCUCGUCUUCGAUCGGACAAAACACCCGUUGCAGCCCGAUAACCUCACACGAUGCAUCCCGGAGAUGGUCUUGAAGGGUCACGCGAAGGAAGGCUAUGGACUGGCUUGGAACCCUCACAAAGAGGGACACCUUCUCACGGGCUCCGAGGAUACUACAGUUAGGCUUUGGGAUAUCACAAGCUGGACUAAGGCAAACAAAACGAUAUCUCAUUCUCACUGUUACACCCAUCACACUGCGAUCGUUAAUGAUGUCGCCUACCACCCCAUCUCCGACCAUCUCUUCGGAUCCGUUUCCGAUGAUCGCACCCUCCAGAUCAUCGACACUCGCGACAGCAGCACCAACAAGGCCUCCUUAAAGGUUACCGCCCACACGGAUGCAGUCAACAGUCUAGCGUUCAACCCAGCGUCGGACUACGUGAUUGCCACUGCAUCGGCUGACAAGACGGUUGCACUCUGGGAUAUGCGUAAUAUCAAGUUUAAGCUGCACAGUCUCAUGGGUCACAACGACGAGGUGAAUGGAUUGAGCUGGCAUCCGCAUGAGGAGUCCAUCCUUGCGAGUAGCAGUGCGGACAGGCGGAUCAUAUUCUGGGACUUGGCUAGGAUUGGAGAGGAGCAGACCCCCGAGGAUGCGGAAGAUGGCCCUCCGGAAUUGCUGUUCAUGCAUGGAGGCCACACGAACCGUGUGUCUGAGUUUGCCUGGAACCCGAACGACCCCUGGGUCAUGGUAAGUGCUGCUGAGGACAACCUCAUCCAGUGCUGGAAGGUGUCGAACACGAUCGUGGGCAAGGAUAUGAUGGAUCCUGCGGCAGACGAGCUAGAGUAGUAGACUGGGCUGGCAGUAUGAUACCAACCUCUGCCGUCCAUACUUGUGUCUUUUGCAGCUCUUUUUUCUUCAUGUUUGGGGGGUUCAUUUCUUCUUUCAAUGGGAGUAUUCUGAAGCUUUGGUUGUAUCAUAGCGGCGAAUACUCACUAACGCUCGUAUUUCAAUUAGCACAUGUGAAUCGUCUCAUAUUCCCGGGCCGGGCGGAGGGCCAUCUGCGUGCGGGUAGGACAGUGGGGUGGAACCGGCUGUAAUUGUCAUGAUCUAAAAAGGUCGAAUGCAAAUGAUGAGAAAAC